GCCAGCAACUUUGCCCUUUACGUUGUUAAAUUAACUGUGGCUAGAAUAGGAAUCAGUCUUAAAAAUGGAAAUUUUGACAUAUAGUACAAUACGAAUGAAACAUUUUGUUGAGUGAAGUAUGCUACUCAUAAAAGAUGAAUGCUGUCUGUUUCUAUAUAUAGCCAUCUCUAGUAUAGUAAAACCUGUACACGUAGAAGAUAGAAUAGUGGAUGCCCUAGCCUGGGAAGAAGGAUAAAGAGUUAGUGUAUAGUAGGAAAAGAGUUUUUGUUUGGUAAAUGAGACAGUUCUCCAGAAGGAUGGUGAUGAUGGUUGCACAACAGUGUGAAGAUACUAAUACCACUGAGCCAGGCACUGAAGGAUGGGACAGAGGGCUUAUUUUAUGUUUUGGAAAUUUUAUGAUAAUUUUUAAAUCAAAAGAAUAUGAUCUGUAGCUACCUUGAGAUUGUACUGUUUUUCUGUGUCUGUUCAUCUGAAUGUCCCUCCUCUUCCUCCACCUCUUUCUCUCCUCCCUCCUCAUCAUUCUCCUCCAUCUUCUCCUCAGUCUCUGUCUUCUUUCUACCCCUUCCAUUUACACUUUGGUUUUCAUUUUAUCUUCCUCUGUUAUUUAUUUCUCAACAUCUGUCUACUCUCUCUUUGUCUCUCUUUCUUCCCUUCUCAUUUGUUUCAUCUAUUUUCUGUCUAAUAAAAGCAGAUUAUUUUCUUUCUGUUAGAAAAUCUCAGUUUCUGUCCUUGUUUUUGUACCCUGUUAUCUUUCAUGCCACCAAAGGGAGAAUUACCUUCAAAGCUGAUGGACCAUGUAGGAGUGGGCUGGAGAGAUGGCUUAGAGGGAAGGAGCCACAGAAUGAUGACAGCCUAUGAAAGUUCCAAGUACUCCAAGGCACUUGGGUGGAGGGUUACGUACAGAGUCAGAUGGGCAAGACUUCACAGAGGAAGCAACGUGACUGUGAGAAUCCAUCAAAGCCAAAGCCUUGUUUAAGCACCUCAAUCCCUUUGAGGAUGUCCAGUUACACAUUCAAGAGGCCAGUCACUAGAAUCACAUCGCAUCUGGGCAAUGAGGUAAGAUACCAUCAGUGGGAGGAGACCUUGGAAAAGCCUGAACAAGCCUGCUGGCAGAAGAGACUGCAAGGACUCCAGGCCUGCAGCAGUGCAGGAGAACUCUUGAGCACUUCAGACCUUGCCAAAGCUCUGCAAGACCUUACACCUAGAGACACAGAUGCAUCUGUUUCAGGGACUCAAACCAACAGCAUUGACCCCAGGCUCAUGCCCACCCUUGAGUCAACUUCACAUUUGGCGAAGAUGAUUCCAGAAGCAAAUAUCCCACAGAUCCUUUGCAAACAAUUUCUGGUCACUGAAGAGGAUAUUAGUAACCAGGAAAGGAAAGUGAAAAAAGCAAGAGAAAGACUGACAGUUGCAUUGAUUGCGCACAGGAUAGCAAAUGAGGCAGAAAAAGUGAGAGGGCUAAGGAAGGAAAACUUAUAAAUGCGGUGAGGGGUGGGGGAGUGGGGAGAAGAUACUGGAUAAAAUGGGGAAUGGCCUUGUUUUAAUACCUCUUUUCAGUGUAUUUUGUUGUUUUGAGACCUUGAAACUUUAAACUUAGCAAUACUUUAUUAAAAAGUGUUCAUGCAAUGCAAAAAAUACAAACAAUUUACUACUUUUUCCUCUUACUCUAUCCCUUCUUUCUUACUCUGUGCUGAAGAUCCAACCCAACUUCCCAUUCCUACUAGGAAAAUGCUCUACCAUAAAGCUAUAUCAGCCAGCCAGUAAUUUUUUAUUUUUAUUUUUAAUUAUUUUGGGAGCUGGAGAGAUGCCUCUGUGAUUAAGAGCACUGGCUGUUCUCCACAGGACCCAAAUUCAAUUCCCAGCCUCCAGAAUGCAGUUUAAAGCUGUCUAAUUCCAAUCCCAAGGGGAUCCAAAGCCCUCUUUGGUACUUCAUACCAGGUAUACACACACACAUGGUAUGUAGACAUUCAGGGAGGCAAAAACAUAGCAAGUUAUUUUUAAUUAUGUGUCUGCUGUGCAUUCCGAUGUAUACAAGAGAGUAGGUACAUGAAGUGGCCAGAAGAGGGCAUUGUAGUCCCUGGAGCUGAGGUGAGGCAGUUGUGAACCAUCAAACAUUGGUGUUGGGAACCAAUCUUGGAACCUCUGUAAGAGUAAUAAGUAUUCAUAAGUAUUGAACCAUCUCUCCAGCCCAAAUAAUUUUU